AUGUCCUUCUCGUCAAAUGCUGCAAAGCAUCAAGCUGAGCAGACAGUGAAUCGAAUGUUUGCCGAGAUUCUACAUACACAACCCAAAAAACCGCACUCAAAGCCCUCUUCGUCAGCAUCACCGCUAUCCACAACUCAGCUCCUCUCGCAGCAGUUGGGGAAGAAACCACAGCAUCGCGAAUCGGACAAAGUCAAGAAAUCGAAAACGUUACAGAAGAAACACAUGAAGAAGAAACAAGAGCAAGAUAAAAAAUUCCAGAAAUUCAUCAAGUACAGCAUGAUCAAAUCGAAAUGGGACACGGAUCCAAAGAGUCUAACCGCCGAAGAACACAAGUACUUGCUGAAAUUGACACGGAGAAACAUCAACCAACUACGUAAAUGGAACGAGAUUGACGAUUUCGAAAUCAGCGAGGAGAUGGCGCGCGUCAAGCUGGAGUUGUUGCUAGAUAUCGCCCCCGCGCAACGGAAACGGCUAAGGAAGAAAUUGGCCGUGCCUUCUCCUCGCGGCAAGAAGGGGGACAACAAUGUUGAUUUUGUGGAUUUCGACGCCAAGGUCAAGAAGGGGUUGAUUUCGGUACCGGGGUUGACGCCCGGGUUGGCGCCUGUGGAUUAUGAUGAAUCAGACUCGGAAUAA